AUGUCUGCCCUCAAGUCCAUCCGCUCCCUUGCCCCGCUCCUCGACCGCGUGCUCGUGCAGCGCCUCAAGCCUGAAGCCAAGACCGCAACCGGCAUUUUCCUGCCCGAGACAGCCGUCAAGGAGCUGAACGAGGCCAAGGUGCUCGCCGUCGGCCCCGGCGCAUACGACAAGUCUGGCAACCGCGUCGCCGUCAGCGUCCAGCCUGGCGACAAGGUCCUGAUUCCCCAGUUCGGCGGCUCUCCCAUCAAGGUUGGCGAGGAGGAGUACUCGCUGUUCCGCGACCACGAGCUGCUGGCCAAGAUCAACGAGUAA